AUGAACUCACCGAACAGAUACUCCGGGGCUGUCGACAGGAUCAGUGGAGAAUUCGCCCCAGUGGGUGUUCGGGAGUUUCAACAUUAUGGUGCUGCAUCCCUGGCCAGUGCAAAAGCGCCAACUGGAACUGUGAUCCGUUUCAUUCUUGGAUCCACCUGCAAAUUUGAGAGCAUUGGGUUUGUGUGUGUGUGUGUGUGCACUCAGAUCAAGGUUAUGUACAGUGGAAGUGCUGCCGAAGAGAGCCAUGGACAGAAAUUAGUGGGAAGGGAACUGUGCAUUCCUAUCACAUUCUGUGUGGAGCCGGCUGUGAGGGUGGUUUCAGUGUCAUUAGUGGAGCAGUAUGUCCCUGCUGCUGUUGACAGAGGGGGCCCAGCUGGUCGCCACUACGACCCCACAUAUUCAGGAGAGGAGGCUGCCAGUGGCGGGAGUGUAGGCACACUCAAGGCUGGCAUGUCAUCUCUGGAGUCCAUCACUGGGCCACCAGUUUUGCUGCAGCAAAGGUCUGGUGUGUCAGAGGUAUCUGCAGGCAAGGAGGACACGUCCCAGGGAUGGCCACCCACUGAUGGUGACCUACCUCCCAGUGCACAAAGCAGCAUGAGCACAGGGGAAAAGCGUGUGGAAAAGCAACUCCUCAUCGCUGAACUUCAGCCGCAGUGUGUUCUGCAGUUGGAGGUUUCCAACAGGGGCGAUCGGGCAUUUGAUGUUUGUCUCGGAAAAUCGCAACAGGAAAGAACUGAAGGGGACAAGGACAAGGCUUUGAUGUCACCUUUGUCGGUCGGGCCGAGCCAGUCAGUCCGAUUGCAACACACUCUGCCUUCCUUCCCAGCAGAACUUCUUGCAAGCUUCUCUGGCCAAGAGCAGAAGCAGGCUCCCCCCCCUGGACGUGGACCUCCACAGACAGUGAACCAACCAGUGGCUGACUGGAUUUGCUCCACUGUCGCAGUGCUGUGGUCUGCAGCAACAGCACUGCCAACUUCAGAUGAACCAGAGGUAGAGACAAAGACGCCGGCUAGUGGCCAAACUGAUACAGCUGAGUUCGCGGACCUGACCCCACUGGGCGAGCUUAAUGGACUGCUUCCACUGCGUGUGGAUUCUGUGCUGCGUGCCCUCACAACUCAAGUGCUGGCUUUGAUUGCCGAAUGCUCUGUGUUCCUCUACAUCUGCCCAUCGGCAGGGCGGUCUCCUUUGAGGUUUGCAGACCUGCGGAAAGUGGUGCCAAACGAAGGGCUGAUGACAUGGAGGGGAGCCACACCUCUGGAGCUGUUUCCUGGUUGGGGCCGUUCACCAGCUGUGGACACACGAGAGAGUGCUGAUGGGGAGGAAAUGAACCUAGAAGUAGACAUAGAUCAGGCCGCUGAUGUUGACUUGGGGCCAACAGGGCCGAAUGGGGAGGUGUGGGGAACACAGGUUGGAAUGGGGGAGCUGUUGGACUGUGACAUCGUUGUUGCCAAUCGAAGCAGCAGGACCCGACAAUUGGUGGUAUCUGUUUGUUGUGAUUGCCUAUGGAUGUUGGGGGAAACGCAGGGGCCAGUUGCUUUUGGAACAGCCAGUGAGCUUGUGCACCCAGGUGUCGUUUUGGUGGGAAGAAUGAGGAAGGUGCCAGUGGAGGUGCCUGCCAACACAAGGGUCGUUCACAGGUUUUCUGUGUGCUGUGCAUGCCCUGGCGUGUACCAACUGUAUGCAGUGGACGAAGAACCCCAAGACUACCCCGGGUCGGAAUCAGGGCGAACAGUCAGCGUGGAUGACUUUAUUGGCUCGGUACAGGGCUUCAGACUCAAUGUGCUCUGCAUGGAUCCUGGAUUGGAGAGAUAG